AUGUAUCUUCUUCAAAACGGGUUUGGAAACUAUGACAUAUUCGAGAAUAACUGCGAGGAUUUUGCUCUGUAUUGCAAAACUGGUCUUCUGAUUCUAUACAAUCUAGGAAUUGGAAGAAGUGGUCAGGCCUCUUCCAUGAUAGGUGCCCCAUUGGCUGCUCUUCUUUCUUCCCCGCUAAAGCUUUUGAUGCCAAGUCCUAUAGGUGUGGCAACAGUUACAGCCGGGAUGUACUGUAUGACCCGAUAUGUAACUGAUAUAGGCAUUCGAACUGAUGUGAUCAAGGUGGCGGUUGAGGACUUGGCUGUGAACCUAGGCUGGGCAGGGCGUCAUGAUGAAGCAGCUGAAGAAAAUGAGGCUUCUAACAGACAAGUUGUGGCAUUGUGACAUGAUCUAUAUUUCUUCUGCAUGAGAAUAAAGCAGUAGCUUAGACUUGAUUGAACUCAUAAUGUGAUUGUCUCCUCCAAGUUUCUCACUGCUCAUAACAUUGUUAACUUUUCUCAGGCUAGUUGCUUGCCGUUUAAGCUAUGCUAUAUUCAGACAGAACUUGAGGUAUGGAUUAAAUGAAAGGCAUGACAGUAAUUGCUGUUAUUAUGCAUAACAAAUUAACAAUCUCUGAUGUAAAUAUAUAAAAUCUUUUACUGAAAAGCAAUUGAGUAUAUAACUGUUUUAACUA